AAGCCGUUGUGAAAGACAAUUGAGAGUUAACAUCGUUUCCUCUCAAACAGUUUGUUUAUUAUUGAUCUCACUCCAGACAAAUCCCCUGCACCACCACCUCGAAAAUGGGUUCCUACGAUCCUUACCCUGCCUCUCCUCCCAUCUCGCCGCCCAAUGGCUUGGACGGACAGAGCAAUGACUUCUCAACGCCGCUCUUUCCUCAAAAACCAAAUAUUCUUUUUAUCAUGGCGGAUCAGCUGGCUGCACCGUUGCUCAAAAUGCAUAACCCAAAUUCGCGAAUCAAGACGCCCAAUCUAGACAGUUUGGCAGAGCGGUCAGUCGUAUUUGAUUCGGCCUACUGCAACUCCCCACUUUGCGCGCCCUCGCGCAUGUGCCUUAUCUCUGGCCAGCUGCCCUCCAAAAUUGGGUCAUAUGACAAUGCCUCUUCCAUCAGCUCCGACACUCCGACCUAUGCACAUUACCUUAGAGCCGCCGGCUACGAGACGACCCUUGCCGGGAAAAUGCACUUUAUCGGAGAUCAGCUACAUGGUUACGAGAACCGUCUGACCGCAGAUAUUUAUCCCGGAGACUACGGCUGGGCCGUCAACUGGGACGAUCCAGACCGCAGACUGGAAUGGUAUCACAACAGCAGCUCCAUCCUGCAGGCAGGUCCCUGCGUGCGCACCAAUCAACUCGAUUAUGACGAGGAAGUUUUGUACAAAUCCAAACAGUACAUCUAUGACUAUGCCAGAUCCGGUGACGACCGUCGUCCCUUUGCCUUGACCGUCUCAUUCACACAUCCACAUGAUCCAUAUGCCAUUGAAGACAAGUAUUGGGAUCGCUAUGAGGAUGUUGAAAUUGACCUGCCCCAAGUCAACAUCAACAAAGAGGACCAAGACCCUCACAGCAAGCGACUCCAACAUGUCUGCGAUCUGGAAGACUAUCAGUUCACCGAUGAACAGAUCAAACGAGCCAGACGUGCGUACUACGGGGCCGUGAGUUACAUUGACGACAAUAUUGGAGAGCUUCUCUCGGUGCUGAAGAAAUGUGGUUUGGACGACAACACAAUCAUUAUCUUCUCUGGUGAUCAUGGCGACAUGUUGGGCGAACGCAACCUCUGGUACAAGAUGUCUUAUUUCGAGAAUUCGGUCCGAGUACCAAUGUUGAUCAGCCAUCCCAAACAAUUCACCCCUCAUCAUGUGUCCCAGAACGUUUCCACACUGGACUUGAUGCCCACACUUGUCGACCUCAUUGGCUCGAAACUGGUGCCUGGCCUACCCAUGGAUGGAAAAUCCCUCAUCCCCCAUCUGUAUGGCAUGGGUGGCCAUGACACUGUCUUUGCAGAGUACAUGGGUGAAGGCACUGUUGCCCCGCUGAUGAUGAUUCGACGUGGUGAUUGGAAGUACAUUACAUGCCCGAUUGAUCCUCCUCAACUCUUCAAUCUUCGCAAUGAUCCUUUGGAAAUCACCAACCUCACUUCGAGCACCGAUCCCGCAAUCCAGUCGGUCUUCAAAGCUUUCGAGGCUGAAGCCAACGCCAAAUGGGAUUUCAAAGCCAUCACGGCCGAUGUCUUGGCCCAGCAACGUCGUCGCCGCCUGGUCUGGUCCGCCCUGACCAAAGGUCGCUUCGAAAGCUGGGACUGGAAAGGUCUUGAAGAUGGCCGCGAGAAGUAUAUUCGAAGCACCAUGCCCUUGGAUGAACUCGAGCGCAAGGCUAGGUACCCGGUCCAUUCCACCGUUCCUACCCAAUUUAUGGUCAACAACAAAGCACAGCUGGCGAUCCGCCAGCCUCCUCAUCUCGCUGAAAUUGCGACUGAUCCCGUGCACUUUCGUUGAGCAGCAGCAUGCAUCAACUUCUGUUUUCUCUUUCAUUUUUGCCAAAUUAUUGCACGCCGCCGUUGACUCUGGCCUGGCCCAUGGCUUUGCCUAUCGUUAAUGUAAGGAUGACUAUGGUUUUAAACUCACUGGUUUACAGCGACGGCGUUCUGGAGUUUCUCAUUUAGCAGGUUUAGAAAAUAGCAAAAACCAGGAGAAUAUUCAAUGAUUCGGUCCUCGAAGCCACAUCCUCCAGGAGACGAUGGUGGUUGCGAGAUGACCGUCUC